UUGGGUUUUCAUGCCUUGAUGUUCGCGCCCUUGAUGUUGGCGCGAACGAUAACCAUUCCUCGAGCAUAUCCAUCGAUCGACGACCUCAAAGACUUGCUUUGCUAAUCCCACAGUGCAGCAAAGUUGACUCGGCUGAAGUCCAGAGUCAAAGUCUCCGUCUCACCGUCCCCGGAUUCCCCUAUGAAACCACCUCUCAUCCUUUGUGUUCUUGCAUCCGAUUAAGGAAUUUCAAGAACCGAACAUGGACGCCAGCUGCAUCAUGGCGAAGGACAGGCUCGGGUUCGUCGGGAUCCUCGGGGAAGCGCUGAGAGUUUCCAUCGCCGGCAGCCCCAGGUUCUUGAUCCUCGCCUGCCUCGCAUCCUUCCCGCUGUUCUGCUCCUUGCUGCUGAACGAGUUUCUCCUCCAGCAGACGUUCCUCGGCACCGCCCACUUCGCCUUCGAUGGGAUGUCCGAGUGCAGCACUAGUGGUGAUUUCACCAUGUGCAUCAUAGCGACGCCCAUAGACGUCCUCAAGAACUGGGUCGGCGAGGCCUCUCGAGGGUUGGUCUUGAUGGGUGUCCUGUACUUGGUCGUUGUCAGCCCACUAGACCUCCUCAACACUGUAGUGGUUGUUCGCAACGCAUCUGCGAUUUAUGGAGGAGAGAAUUUGCCGAAUCUGAGGGAAUUCUUCCUGCAACCCUUUAAAGAGAUUGGCUUCAGGGGGCCUUUGGUCACUUUUAUGUAUGCACUUGUGCUCUCUUGCCUCACUUGGCUUGGACUUGUUUCCUUCGCAUCAAAUAUCUAUGGGUUGUCUUCGUCUUUUGGGCCAGUUGAGUUCUCCGGGGUUUUCUCCGGCGUGCUCUUCGUGGCCUUGUUCACGAAGUAUAUGGAGUGGAGUGCUAUAUGGAACAUGGGGAUCGUGAUCUCAAUAUUGGAAGAGAAGCAUGGUGACAUUGCAUUGGGAGUGGCUGCAUAUAUCAGCAGAGGAAGCAGAAGAAAGGGGCUCGCCCUUAUGCUUGUGUUCUUCAUUUGGAGGCUUGCCCUGAGAUUGCCUUGCCUCUAUUUCGCGUGGCACAGUAAAGCAACUGGAUUUGCUGCGUUGGUUUUGCAAGUCUAUCUAGUUUGUUUGGGGAAUGUGGUGAAGUGGUCGGUGUCCAUGGUGUAUUACUGUGACUGCAAGAAACGGCUUCUGGAGAAAAAGUUCGAUGCUGAAGAAGGCAAUGCUGCUCCGCUUGUGAAAAGCUAGAGACUGGGUUUUUGGCAAAAUGUAAUGUUCUGUAUGCAUUGUUGUCUGUAUGUAAUGUAGUGUAUGUACUAUCUAUCCCGUAUCAGUUCGAAUAAGGCAUAAUGGGUCCCUUUCAACGUAAGGAUGUGUGUGUAGAAGCAGAUUCGGCCCUCCGGGCGAUGGAUUGACCCGACUCGACCCCUUGUUUUAAUUUAAAUGAAGUCAAGGGUAUCUACACCUAUCCAUAAAUGUGCGAAGUGCUUUCUAAUU